AUGCCGGAGAGUGAGAGCCAGGAUUCAGUGUGGGUUGAGGGAUUUGGUGCUGAGGUUGAUCUGGGUGUCAUCGGCAUAGCAGUGGAAGUCAAGAUUGAAGUGAUAGAGGAUCUGACCAAGGGGGAGGAUAUAGAUGAUGAAGCUUCCCUGCAGGUGGAGAUCACACCGAUGCAAGGAGAGAUCAGCGUGGGGGAGUCCAAAUUCUUCCUCUGCGAAGUUGUUGGAGACGCAAAGGACAUUGAUUGGUAUGCCCCGAACGGCGAGAAGCUCUUACCGAACAGACAGGACAUCAUUGUGAACCGCAACGACGAGUCCUCGUCCACCCUCACUAUCUACAAUGCUGAUGUGGACAAUGCUGGUGUCUACAAGUGUGUGGCCAAAAAUGCAGACAAGGAGUCUCAAGGCACUGUCAACGUGAAAAUCUUCCAAAAGAUAACCUUCAAGAACGCCCCUUCCCCACAGGAGUUUAAUGAAGGGGAUGACGCUGACAUCAUCUGUGACGUCGUCAGCUCGCCUCCCGCCAGCAUCAUCUGGAAGCACAAAGGCUCAAAGAUCCAAGUUACAAAAGACGUUCGAUUUAAGAUCAUGGGCAACAACCACCUCCAGAUCCGAGGCAUCAAGAAAACGGAUGAAGGGGCGUACACCUGUGAGGCUCGUGUUAUGGCCAGGGGAGAGAUUGACCUAAAGAUCAUCAAGGUCAUCGUCAACGUGCUCCCUAGCAUCCGCACCAGGCAGUCGGAGGUGAAUGCCACGGCGGACAUCAACCAGUCUGUGAUGCUGGCCUGUGACGCUGACGGGUUCCCUGAACCCACAGUCACCUGGGCCCGUAACAACAUUGUCCUUGAAUCGGACGAUAAAUACAGCUUGAAUGACGACGGCUCGGAGCUGAUAAUAAAGGAUGUCAAGAAAGUGGAUGAAGGAGAUUACACAUGCAUCGCCCGGAACAAGGCUGGGGAGAAGGAGGAGGAAGUCAGCUUGAAUGUGUUCGUGCAACCCAAGAUCACCUACCUGGACAAUCAGACUGCAUCAGAGCUGGAGGAGCAGAUCACCCUGACCUGCGAGGCCUCUGGAGACCCCACCCCCACCAUCACCUGGAGCUUUGGCCGGAGGUUCUUCACAGAGGGAGAGCAGGAGCCUCUAAACAGGAUUUACCAGGCUUCUUGGACUCGGCCUGAGAUGUUCGAGAGUCUUGAUGGGAACGUAAUGGUGCGUAGUCACGCACGGGUGUCCUCUCUAACCCUGAAGUACGUCCAGUUCACCGAUGCUGGCCAGUACCUCUGCACUGCCCGCAACUCCAUUGGCCAGGACCAGCAGACCAUGUACCUGGAAGUGCGCUAUGCUCCUAAGAUCCAGGGCUCAGUGACGGUCUACACCUGGGAAAGGAACGCAGCCAACAUCAGCUGUGAGGUUCUGGCCCAUCCGGGGGCCUCGGUGGUGUGGUUCAGAGAUGGUCAGCAGCUGCCUAGCGCGAACACCACCAACGUCAAGAUCUACAACACACCAGCCGUUAGCUACCUCGAGGUCACCCCAGAUUCCCAGAAUGACUUUGGAAGCUACAACUGCACAGCCACCAACUUAAUUGGAACAGAGUCCAAGGAGUUCCUCCUCAUCCAAGCAGAUGUGCCGUCGGCGCCCGCCAUCGAGCGCGUGGAGCCUUUCUCCAGCACAGCCGUCGUAGAGUUUGAGGAGCCUGAUGCCAGCGGCGGAGUUGCCAUCCUCAAGUAUCGGGCCGAGUGGCGCAUGAAGGGCCUAGACUGGACCGGCAGGGAGUACGACGCAGAGGAUGGCCUGAGCAUGAUCACCAUCGUUGGCCUGAAGCCCGAGACCUUCUAUGAGGUCAAGAUGUCUGCCAUCAACGGCAAGGGUGAGGGCGAGAGCAGCCCUCCCCAGAACUUCAAGACAGAGCCAGUCCGGGAGCCCAGUCCCCCUAAGCUGGAAAGCAAGCUGCAGACCAUGGGCAACGCCCUCAAGGUCAACUGGAUCAAGCAGGACGAUGGGGGCUCGCCCAUCAAACAUUACCUGAUCAGAUACAGGGCUAAGCACGUUUCGGACUGGAAGCCGGAGAUCCGUCUGCCCCAUGGCAGUGAGUACGUGGUGCUGAGCGGCCUGGACUGGAACACGGAGUAUGAAGUCUACGUGGUGGCCGAGAACCAGCAGGGCAAGUCCCAGCCCGGCACCAUCUCCUUUAGGACUGCAGCAGAGCCUACCGCCAUCCCAGACACCAUGACUAGCGGCUCAGGCCUGGGCACGGGGGCCAUCGUGGGGAUCCUCAUCGUGGUCUUUGUGCUGCUGCUGGUGGGUGUUGACGUGACCUGCUACUUCCUCAACAAGUGUGGCUUCCUCAUGUGCAUUGCUGUUAAUUUUUGCGGCAAGUCUGGACCUGGAGCAAAGAACAAGGACAUCGAGGAGGGCAAAGCGGCAUUCAUGAAGGACGAGUCAAAGGAGCCCAUCGUGGAGGUGAGGACAGAGGACCGCACCCCUAACCAUGAAGGGGGGGGACCCACAGAGCCCAAUGAGACCACCCCUCUUACCGAGCCCGAGCCCACUGCUGACACUACUGCCACCGUGGUGGACUUGCUUCCCUCUAUCGCCACUAACUCUGACCCCGUCACUGAGAGCUUUAGCACAGCCCAGAACAGCCCAGCUAGCGAGACUACCACCCUCACUUCCAGCACAGCUGCCCCGACCGAGGCCAAAACUGCCCCUAAUAGCACCCCUGCCCCCAUCAUCCAGUCCAGCACGCCCAAAGCUAGCGCUCCCGCCGCUCUGCCUGCCACACAAUCUGACGUGGCUCCCCUCGUCGACCUAAGCGAGGCUCCAAAAGCCACGCCCUUGUCCGACCCCAAGCCCGCCACCCCCGCAACCUCUUCCUUAGAGCCAGCCAAGGCCACCUCUAACCUCCCCUCUGCCAAAGCCGAUGCAGCUUCACAGAGCCAGCCCGAACCCGUCCAAAGCACCCCUGCCAGCGACAGUCAGAAUAAGGACUUACAGAUAGACUGCCUGGCCAAGGAUGUGUUUGAUACACUGGGCAAAAGCUCAGAGGCCCCAGCAGACUCCACUGCUGCUCCCGCACCGGCCAAGGACGACGGGAAAAUCAUGACAGAAGAUAAAAGUAAAGUGCCAGAGAUGGAGACAGAGGUGAAGAAAGCCCCGACCGAGGUGAAGACCGUCCCCAAUGAAGCUGCUCAGACAAACGGCAACGAGAGCAAAGCAUGA